AUGUUGUUUAAAAGAAUUAUUUAUCUUUCAAAAUUACCUCUGAAAUUAAAUAAAUUCAAAAAUGCAUCAUCUGCUGCAGUUCCAGAAGAAGCUAUACAACAAUCAAAGCAUGUAAUUAAACUUGAUAAAGAAAAUUCUUUCCCAACCCAUUUUGCUCCAAGUAGAGGAAUUGGACGUCCAAUUUAUUCAUUAAUUCCUGGCCCAAAAGGAGAACUUCUUGCUGAUUAUGUACUUUUUGAAGAAACAAUGAAAACAGGACAAAGAGUUCCUUGGCUUUGUUAUAAUAAAAUGACUAGUGAAGAAAGAACUAUUUAUAUUAAACAUUUUAAGGCUAUUGAAGAGAGGAAAUUAUGGUAUAAAUGCCCUUUUACUGGUUUUAUUAUUGACACAAUUUCCAAACAUUUAUAUGAUGGAAGAUGCUGUGGAAAUGGAUGUAGACAUUGCCCUUAUCAAUUAGAAGGAUGUAAUGAAGAAAUUAAAGAUUCCUUGGUUUGGAAUGGAGCUUAUUAUGUCUAA